AUGUUGACUGCUGAAGGUUCUUGUUCCAACUCGGCUACAUCCCAGUCAACACUGGAUAGAGCUACGGCUGCUGUUGGAAAGGACCAUAACGACGAUUGCCAUAGCGACCCAAAUGACUCUCUUGUUGAACAACAACAACCACCCAAUGCAUCGCCACCUGAGUCCAGUCAUCGAUCGAUACGACGUUCAUUGCACGCAUUGGGGAACAAGGUUUCUCGACACCAACAACGCACCGUUUCACCACCACCUCCUCAGUCACCUAAUCGCGCCAUUUACAAACGUCCAUCGGAUGACUCAAUACGAUCCAACUUUUCAUCGACCAGCUCGGUCUUCAGCACUGCCAGCAAGAUAUCAAAGUUUCCACAUGCUGUAAAGUCGUCGCUUGUAUCAGUCAAAGACUAUGUUGCUGCAAAAUCGCACCGUAGACGUACAAUGAUUCACAGCCCAACCACACCCAAUAACACCGCUAUGAUCAAUGGUCGACAAAGCCCACAAUCAUCAUCCAACAAUGAGCAUCAUCAUCAUCAUCAUUCAUUCGCUUCACGAUUCAGACGACGAGCUCCUAGUGUGAUGGGAUUGUCGAGCAUGUUUUCCAAAGAAAAUGCCCAAGCGUCUUGUGCAAAUAGCAAUGUCAGCCCAAGUGUCUCUUCAAUUCAUUCUCCUGCUGCUGUGGAUGAAGAACGUCCUCCUUCAUCAUCAAAACGACGAUUGGCUGAAAGGAGGAAUAGUGUACUUGAUGUGGCUGCUAGAUUAUUACAUGCAACACCACGCGACAAUCGUCCUGUAUCAUCCGCUUUUGGCGACGUAAAAGUGACACCUGAUGACGUGAAAGUGGAUGAUGAUAACGGGGAGGAGGAAGAAGAAAAUGGUCAACUCAACAAUGUGAUCCAACAAGAAAAGACAGCUACAGCAUAUGAUGAAAAAGCCAUUGGAAAGCUACUUUUUGGAGUCGACAUUGAAAACUUGGAAUUCUUUGACCAAGAUCUGUCAAGAUCAAGAGCGUCUAGUAUCAUAUCAGAUGCCAAGAGUGAUCAUGUUACAGCAUCAUCCUCAUCAAAAGAGGUGAUUUGGGAUCAGCAUAAGCGGGCAAAGUCGUACCAGGAAACUGGAAGGAUUCCUUCCCUUCGGCAACUUGCCAACGGCCAAUAUCCAGUAGCAUCGUCCAACAACAACAACACUGUAUUGGAUACGCAUAUACCACCUAUCCCUACACCACCUGUGAACAACAUGAAGCCUUCUUCAACAAACGACAAUGACGGCGUGCCUCCCUUUGUUUCUCAAAAGACAGCUGUUGCCAAACAUAACAACAACAACAACAAUGCCUCGUACCACACCAUUCUUGUCACUGCUACCCUCACAACAUUACACAGUAAAUUGAUCAGCGAUUGUGACCACCUGCUCGAGACUACCAUGCUUCCUCCUUCUUCCACCACCACCACCACCACCAACUCGGAAUCUCAUCGGAUCUUUCCCGAAAACGCCUUGUUGACUAUUGCAAGUGACCUACGCAAAAUGUCAGACAUGGUCACCUGGGAAGCAUCCGAUGAUGACAACAACCCUGUUAGCCAAAAGUCGGUGACUCAAUUCUUCCAAGCGCUCAAUGAUAAGAUUUCCCAAGGCUCAUCAUACGCUCCUUCUUCAACAACAGCAACAAGCAAGGCACGCAAGGGAGAAAAUAAGCAGCAACAUGACAUUCAACUUGUUGUCAAGGAGAUUAUAUCUUCGAUGAAGCAAAUGGUCGAAUUGUGUAUAUGUCAAUACCACAAGGUUUCCGAAAAGGCACUUGUGAUUCCUUGCAAAGGAUACAAGGUCGAAGGCAAGAAUAAGUUUGGGUCUACGAUGGAUGACUAUGUGGUGGAUCAAGACACCAGUCCCUUGUUACAAGAGUAUUUGGAUGGCAAGUUGGAGCAUAUGGAUCAUGAUGCAUGUUGGUUUCGAAACCAUUUUGUCAACAAAGAUUAUGCGACAUUUCUUGGAUACCGCAGCGACAAUGAACCCAUCAUGUUCUCUGCUCUUUGUGAUCAAAACGAGAAGCUCUUUCGUUUGAUUGUGAGAGACAAGCAGGGACCCGAUGUACGCAAGACUAUCAAUGAUGCAUUGCUUUUACGAGCAGUGCCCGCUAAAAGCCUCCAUGUUCCUGAUGGCACUUGGAAAACGAUUGCGGAGACCAUGCUCGACCUACCCUUUGAUCGCAUGAAGAAAAUUGACGCUGCUACCAUGGUAUCCUCUGGAUUGGAGAAGGAGUUGCUAAUGCUUGAUGAGCAAGCUGUUCAUCGCCGAUACAAAUGUGGUGUUCUAUACAUCAAGGAUGGGCAAACCAGGGAGGAAGAAUGGCUCGCCAAUACAGAUGACUCGGAAGCGUUUGACCGAUUUUUGGGGAUUCUUGGUCACAAAGUCGAAUUGAAUGGAUACACAGGAUGGGCUGGUGGGCUUGAUACCAAAAGUGGGGAUUCAGGGGAAUAUACCUAUGUCAAUGAAUGGCAUGGUCACGAGAUUGCAUACCAUGUGUCAAGCUUGAUUCCAUCCCGCCCAGGAGAUAGGCAGCAAAUACAAAAGAAACGACAUAUCGGAAAUGAUAUUGUCUGUGUUGUGUUUGUCAAGGGGCAACAACCAUUCAAUCCUGCAGCUAUCAAGUCACAAUUUCUGCAUGUGUUCAUUGUUGUGCAUGAAGACACGUGGCAAGGUCAAAUCGGAUGGAGGGUGGAGGUGGUGACAAUUGACAGUGUACCUAGCUUCGGUCCCCCAUUGCCUGCCAAUGCUAUCUUUUUUGACGAAUCUCAACUACAAUCCUUCUUAUUGGCAAAACUGAUCAAUGCAGAAUACGCCGCAUACAAAUCGCCCAAAUUUAUGCAACCCAUGGCACGAGCACGUGAAGGCAUUCUUACACGCAUUGUGGAUCGUGGAUACAAGAUUGCCAAGGAUCCUGAGAUUUCAUGGUUUUCAGGAUUCAACAAGACACCCUCCACAUCGUCGGAUCGUAGUUCAAAAAGCACACGUAGCAAUUCAAGCGAUUUCAUUGCUCCAGCACCCUCACGAUCGAGUAUCCUACGAGAUUUGUCUGAGAAUAUAUCAGCAGGUAUUGCUCGUCGACGUAGUGGACACGAACCAUCCGAAUCUAGAACACAAACUGCCAAAGCUGUCAAGUUACGAAAGGGAAAGGCAACACGCUUGUCAAAUGUACCUUCGCAACAGCAACAACAACAACAUCAAUCGAGGAGUCGCUCAGAGCAGGAUCUCAUGCAGUCUCCCAUGCUGACAGCGUCCCGAUCGAGUGGGGCCAUUAUUCAAAACACGGCUAGCAGAGCAGAACGACAACCUAUCUCGUAUCGUUUCUUCACUUCUAUUGGAGGAGCAAGUCGACGACGAUAUCCAUCGCAUCAAUACGAUUCUUCUACAGCUACCACUACUAGCAAGGCUAAGAGGGCCUGA